AGGGCAACCUCUUAUUUUGGUUUUAUUCGAUUUAUUUAUUUUACCGUCCAAAUUGAAAUCGAAAUUAACGCGCAAUUAGUGUUAUUCAUUGAUGAGAGUUAAAUUGGAUCGGAAAGUACUAUGACUGAAUCAAGACAUAAUUCUUUGGUUAGACUUUUACCAACCUAUCGACUGGAGCCAAAAAAUCCUUUUAAUACCGAAAAGUGUGAAAAUAUUUUGAAACAUGUCUUUGAAACGGCUUUUGACGAAUUUGAAUAUACAGCCGAAGCAGCAGAAGAAAAGGUCUCAAAAUUAAGCCAACAAAUUUUGACACAAACAAGAAAACUGAAUUUUGACAGAUACAAACUCAUUUGCGUUGUUUCCAUUGUGCAAAAUUCAAUGCAAGGUCUAUGUGCGUAUCAUCGAUGUCUUUGGGAAAAAAAAUUUGAUAAAAUUGCCACUCAUGUCUAUGAAACACCAAAUCUAUUUGCAAUCGCAACAAUUUACGGUCUUUAUUUCGAUUGAAAAUUCUCUGAUUAUAAUUCUCUAGCAAAAUAGCAUUGUUACAAUAAUUUCAUUUUGUUUUGAAGCAGAAACAAAAUACCGCGUUUUUACCGAAAAAUUAUCUUGAUCAUGACACGAAAAAUCUUACACACUUUAAUAAUCAUCAAUAAAAAUCUAUAGAUAUGCUGAGGCGAA